AAUUCAAAAUGUUAGUAAAAAGGAAAAAUGUACCGGGACAACGAAGAAUGCCGAAGGCUUUAAAUAGUUGAAGAUCGCAAUCAACAGAAAUCCAAAAUCCCGGCACCAGCCCCCCAACAGAACCCACCUAAAUCUGAGACUGAGAGAUCCACUCAAAGUCACUACUCACUAGGGUUUUCUUCUCUACAUCCGAUAACUCAGGGGAAGAUGGAUAACCGCCCAGCCGACCAACCCGACACGAAGAAAUCGGAGGGGGAGCACUCAUCCGAUUAUGCGCCGUACCCGAAACUCGAUCCCAAAGAUGUCUCUCCUCCUCCUCCUCCUCCUCCUCCUCCUCCUCCUCAGGAGAAUUGGGGCACCUUCGUGAUGGGAUCUGAAUCUCAAACGCAAUCCGAUCCUUCGACGAAUAAUAAUAAAGCAGCGUCUGUGGCGCCACAGAUAUCGGUUAGUUGGAAUUCCGAAUUGACCAGCGACGCCCCUUCUCCAAUUCCCGAAAAUCCCGCCACUACUAUGCCUCCUGAAUCCAAUCCUUACGUUUCUCCGCCUACAGCGUCGUCGUUAUCGUCCGUCAAGAAGACAAUGGAUACGGUUCGGGAUGUGCUUGGGCGAUGGGGAAAGAAGGUGGGGGAAACAUCAAAGGCAGCCGGGAAUCUAGCUGGAAAUGUUUGGCAACACUUGAAAACAGGACCUAGUGUUGCUGAUGCUGCAAUGGGAAGGAUUGCUCAAGGAACCAAAGUUUUAACUGAAGGUGGUUAUGAGAAGAUUUUCCAGCAGACAUUUGAUACAGUCCCUGAGGAACAACUUAAAAAGACAUAUGCAUGCUACUUAUCCACUUCUGCUGGUCCAGUUAUGGGAACUUUGUACCUUUCAACAGCAAAGCUAGCAUUUUGUAGUGAUAGUCCUCUUUCAUACAAAGUUGGAGACCAAACUGAGUGGAGCUAUUAUAAGGUGGUUAUACCGUUGCAUCAGUUUAAAGCAGUUAAUACUACAAGAGGCAAUUUGAACCGCGCUGAAAAAUAUAUCCAAAUUAUCUCUAUUGACAACCAUGAAUUUUGGUUCAUGGGCUUUGUAAAUUAUGCUAGUGCUGUAAAACAUCUAGAGGAAGCUUUGCAAGCUCGCAACGUGCAGUCUGUGUGAUAGUUGUGCAUUCUUGGGACUAUAUUCCAAUUUCGUUCUGUAGUAUGUGGUUCAUAAUCAUACAGCAGAAGAUUUAUCUCAGAACACGAAAUAUUUACACAAAAGACUACUAUAUUCAUCUAUGUAUUGUUGAAUGUUACUGUUGUUCCAGUGUUGAAGCUACGUUUAUAAUUCUGUGAUAUAUCUUGGAGAAUCUAGUAUACUUGUUUUCGGAUUAA